UAAAUGUCAAAAAUACACCGUUAACCUUUCACUGUUUACGCUCCAAAAAACGCGUUUUUAACCCGAAUUUAGUUUAAAUCUAAUAUUUUUCGAUGGCGGAUGUGUUGGAUAUUAACGAUGCGGUCGAUUUCGACGUGGAGGACGAUGGGGAUCAAUCGGUGAUGCGCUUAAAAGAUAAAGUGACGAAGCGCAAAGGAAGAGGAUUUGGAUCUGGGGCGACUAAAACUAGCGAAAAAAACGAUACGUUCGAUAGCAUUGAUGGGGGGGAAUCGGGAGAUGCACCCGGUCCCCAAAAAUCGGUCGAGGGUUGGAUUUUGUUUAUAACAUCGGUCCAUGAGGAAGCGUCCGAGGAGGAUUUAACGGAGAAGUUCUCCGAAUACGGACAAAUCAAGAAUAUUAGUUUAAAUUUGGAUCGACGUACUGGGUUUUUGAAAGGCUACGCUUUAGUUGAGUAUGAGAGUUACGAUGAAGCCGAUGCUGCGAGGCAAAGUUUGGAUGGAACGGAUAUUUUGGGACAAACUAUCGGGGUUGAUUGGUGUUUCGUUAAAGGCCCCAAAAAGAGUAAACGCCGUAGUAAGCGACAUUAAAAAAUAAUAAUAAUUAAAUGUAUUAAGAUUUUCUUUUUUAUAAAUAAAUAAUUAAGAAUUAA